AUGGACUGUGGAGACACCGUCACGGCCGAGGUCUGCGAGGAGGCCGACAUCAGGGACGGCGAGCUCCGGGAGGCCGAGGUGGCCGGCCACACCGUGCUGCUGGUGAGGAACAGGAGCGAGUUCAGCGCCCUGGGCAGCAGGUGCCCCCACUAUGGCGCCCCGCUCAGCAGAGGCGUCCUGAAAGGCAACCGGCUGCGCUGUCCCUGGCACGGCGCCUGCUUUAACAUCAAAACCGGCGAUAUCGAGGAGUACCCUGCCCUGGACUGUCUUCCCCGCUUUAAGGUAACAGUGGAAAAUGGAAAGGUGUUCGUUACAGCAAAAAAGAAGGAUCUUGAAAGCAGCCUGAGAGUGAAGGACACAAGCAAGCGGUGCCUUCUCAACCAAGACACAGUGCUGCUCCUGGGGGGAGGUGUGGCUGCCCUAGUCUGUGCAGAAACACUUCGCCAGGAGGGCUUCACUGGCAGGAUCAUCAUGGCCACCAAAGAGAAACACAUACCGUAUGACAAGACUAAACUGAGCAAGGAGAUGAACUUGAAGGCUGAGGACAUCUACCUGAGGACACCUGAAUUCCUUGAUGCUCGUGGCAUAGAGCUCUGGACAGAGAAAGAGGCAAUGUCAGUGGACUUCCAGAAGCAGAAGGUCCGCUUCAAGAAUGGGUCCUCCCAGAAGUACAAUCACCUGCUCAUUGCCACAGGCAGCCACCCCAUCACCCUUGAAGUCCCAGGCGCAGACCUGCAGAACAUAUGUCUUCUCCAAACCCCGGAAGACUCUAACAAAAUCUUAGAGCUAGCAACUGGCAAGAACUUGAUGAUCAUAGGAGCUUCGUUCAUAGGAAUGGAGAUAGCUGCCUUCCUCUCAGACAAGGCUGCUGCCAUCUCAGUGGUGGAGAAAAAGGAGUUACCUUUUCAGGAUGUGCUGGGUUCUCAGGUUGGAGGUGUUACCAUGAAGAUGUUGCAAAACAAAGGGGUGAAGUUUUACAUGAAAACAAAAAUCUCUGAGCUGAAAGGAAAAGAUGGAAAGGUCGCAGAGGCUGUUCUGGACAGUGGAAAGAAAAUACCUGUAGAUGUGGUGGUGGUUGGAAUAGGGGUGUCUCCCAGCUCAGCAUUUCUGAAAGGCACCUCCAUUGCCAGGGACAGCAGUGGUGCCAUCGUGGUGAAUCUGCACAUGCAAACCAACAUCCCAAAUGUCUUUGCUGCGGGUGAUGUGGUUUCCUUUCCUGUAGCGUUGCUCAGUGGGAAACUGUCCAGCAUCCAUCACCAGCAGGUGGCUGAGGCCCACGGUCACAUUGCUGCCUUAAACAUGCUGAAGAAACAGAAGCAAUUGCACACCGUCCCCUUCUUCUGGACUACAAUGCUUGGGAAGAGCAUUCGCUAUGCAGGCUGCGGGGAGGGAUACACGGACACUGUUGUGAAGGGCAGCCUGGAGCAACUGAAGUUCCUGAUCUUUUACAUCAAGGAUGGCUAUGUGGUUGCAGCCGCCAGCCUAAACUAUGACCCCAUGGUGUCUCUGAUUGCAGAAGUUUUAUACUCAGGAUUACAAAUCUCUAAAGAAGAGGCAGAGUAA